AUGGCAGAUGAUGCAUUGUCUCCUUGCAAUAUGGAUGGCAAAAGUGGCGAGUCUGCCAAUUCCCCGGCUCCUGGAGGAUUAAUCGUGCACGCAGCAAUGUCUUGUUCAAAGGUUGGGGGCUUGGAGCAAAAGACAUGUUGGGGAUUGUAUAGCAGUUCCUCAGAAGGUAUUCUGAAUGCGUUUGGUCUCUGA